UCUGAAUACUUCUGCAUGAUUAAAAAAAAAGAGGAAAGGAAUAAAACAAAUUACAGUGUCUUCAACAAGGUCGCCUUGCCGGAACCAAGGCUCUAUGGGUCGCUGGCAGCACGGAGAGCUCACAGUGACGCCGCCACGCCUAUUUUCGUGAAGCCAAUCUUGGACCCUGCCCGGUUCCUCUUGCACCUUCUAAACCCUUCCCCUUUUACCAAUCCCGGAGCGGAACCUUUUUUAAAUUCUUCCCAGUUGAAACACGGGACAAAUUUCGUCAACACAAUCCGGAAUGGCCAACAUGGCGGCGGCCGUCAGAUACCUCGGCAGAGGCCUGCAAAGAAAUCCAAAAAAGGUGCAAAAGAGAAAACAUCAGAUGCAAAGAUAGAUGAGAUAGAAAAAAUAAAGUCAUACUCAGUCAUGGAAGGUGAACCUGAGGAUGAUGUCUAUUUAAAGCACUUAUACCCAAGGCAGAUUUAUGAAGUGGAGAAAGCUAUUCACUUACUUAAGAAGUUUCAAAUUUUGGACUUUACUAAUCCCAAACAAUGGGUUUUUCUUAAUUUGACACUGGAUAUGGCACUGGGGAAAAAGAAAAGAGUGGAACCAUUUGCCAGUGUUAUUAGUUUUCCACAUUCGUUUUCUUCAGAAGUCAAUAAAGUUGCUGUGUUAACAGAGAAUGCAUCAGAGAUUGAAAUAGCAGAAAGGCAAGGAGCUGCAUUUGCAGGAGGAGUGAAUGUGAUUCAGAAGAUUUUAGAUGAUGAAAUUCAAGCAGACUUUUAUGUAGCUGUUCCAGAAAUAAUGCCUGCUCUUAAUCCAUUAAAGAAGAAACUGAAAAAAAGAUUUCCAAAGCUCAGUAGAAAUUCCAUUGGCCAUGACAUUCCUAAAAUGCUUGCAUUAUUUAAAAAUGGACAUGAAAUUAAGGUAGAUGAAGAACGGGAGAACUUUCUCACAACCAAAAUAGCAACAUUGGAUAUGUCAAGUGACCAGAUAGCGACUAAUCUCCAGACAGUAAUUAAUGAAGUUUGCAGGCACAGACCACUGAAUCUGGGUCCCUUUGUGGUACGUGCUUUCCUUCGUAGUUCAACAAGUGAAGGUUUACUUUUAAAGAUCGAUCCAUUAUUGCCUAAAGUAGAAAUUGAAGCAAAUAAAGAAGCUGACUAAAAGUGUUGAAUUGUGAAGUUUAUUUGAAUGGAUUAAGAGACAGCAGAGAAAAGUAUAAA